GAGAGCCCCAGAAGCCAGGGAGAUGCCCGCGGGACUUCACACGCUGCCUGCGCCUGGAGCCCCCGCUCUGCGCCAAUGAUUCUGUCUGCCCCGGCUGGCACAAGUGCUGCCCCCAGGAGUGCCAGCUCCGCUGCACUGCCCCAGCAGAAGAGAAACCCGGUGCCUGCCCGGCUGCAGCUCCCGAGGGGCUCUUCUACCCCUGCUCCUUCCCCUGCCUGGAGGACCAGGACUGCCUGGGAAUGCAGAAGUGCUGUGCGCUGGGCUGCGGCUCUGCCUGCCUGGAGCCGGUGCAGG